AUGGCGCCCCCCAAAUCAUCACAACCGAGUAGUGGCAGUGCAGGUGUCGAGGCCUCGUCAACCUCAGCGACUGCAAACACCUCUGCAGCUGCUGCCGCCAGCACCAGUUCGGCCAGAUCGACCUUGCCGUCGUCCAAAUCAUCAUCACCAAAGCCCCCGUCCUCCUCCAACUCUACCUCACACAAACUGCCCGCCUCCUUAGCAUCGUCCUCCUACUCCGUGCUGCCCAAGAUGUCGGAUCCCACACCACCACCAAGCAGUGCAAACCGCACACGCCGCUCGUCGUCACCAGCCGCUGCAGCAGCGACAUCGACAUCGUCAAUAAGCAAGCGGCCAUCGCGAGACAGCACCAACGGCGACAGCACCAACGGCACCGCCGCGACGAACGGCGACGCUGCAUCGCACUACGGCACGCGGUCACGGAACCGGACCGGCGGUGCGCGCCCCAACUACGCUGAGGACAAGGACAUGGACAUGUUCGAAAUGUACCCUGAGCGACGCGACGACGAACCCGCCAAGAAGUCCGAAUCGUCGUCCUCGUCGUCACGCAAGUCCGCCAACGCAGGAUCCUCCGGCUCAGCAGCUGUCGGCGCGUCGUCGUCUGCCUCGCUCCUGGACAGAGAGCCCCUUCGCCCAACGAAUGGCCACAGCAAUGGCAGUUCCGAGCGCGAACGCGAACGCGAACGCGAACGGUUACGCAAGCCGUUGCCUUCGUCUUCCGCAACCGCGUCUGACAGCGGCGCCGCCAGCAGCAGCAACCACCAGAACAGCACCAGCCACGGCAAGUCCUCGUCGUCCGCGCAUUCGCAGCACAAGGACAGAGACCACCAUCACGCCUCGUCGGUCGCAUCCACCAACGGUACCAGCAGUCAAUCACAAUCGUCGUCCAACCCGCGGAAGCGCAAGGCAGCCGCCGGUUCCAGUUCCAGCGACAAGGCCAGCCCCAGCAGCGGCAGCGGUAGUGGCACCGCGCACGGCUCGUCCACGCCGCUCCUCAACAUUUCACUCAAGAAGAAUGGCGCUGCUGCCGCCGCCGCUGCCGCCGCCGCCGCCGCAUCGUCCGCAUCGCACGCCGAUGGCACAAAUGGCUACGGCAACACGAAUCUGAUGACAUUUGAAAAGCACGGUGCCAAGCCGACCAAGGCUGGUCAGCUCGUGGCCGACGACGGCUCUGUGCUGAAUGUGAAUGACCACGUAUACCUGGUAUGCGAACCACCUGGUGAGCCCUACUAUCUGGGCCGUGUGAUGGAAUUUCUGCAUCCCAAGAACAACACGUCUCUCCCUGUCGAUGCGGUGCGCGUCAACUGGUAUUACCGACCCAGGGACAUUGGCCGGAAAGCGCAGGACACUCGCUCCGUUUUCGCCACCAUGCACUCCGACAUUUCGCCAUUGACUGCGCUGCGCGGCAAAUGUACUAUCAAGCACAAGGCCGAAAUCGACAGCCUGGAUUUGUACCGCAAAGAGCCCAACUGCUUCUGGUUCGAUAAGCUCUACGACCGCUACAUCCAGAAAAACUACGAAGUCAUCCCGACGUUCCAAAUCGUCAACGUGCCGGAUCGCGUCAAAAAGGUGCUCCACGAGCGCUGGCGCUACAUUUUAAUCGAGCAGGGACGUGGCAAGGAUCUCACUGCUGCUGCAAAGCAUCGUGCCCAGGAACGCCUCUUGGAGGCACGCCACACGCCGAAUGUCAUUGACGGCCGCACCCCCGAUGCGACCGGCGCCGUCACCGGCGCUGCCACCGCAGCCGCCGCGGACGACGACGAGCUGCUCGAUGACGACGACGAAGACGGUGCUGGUGCAGACACCGGCCGCACCAGUCCCGAUCAGGACGAAGAUGCGCACCCGCCAGCGACAGCCGAACAGCAGUACCAGGCCAGUCUCUGGCCGUACCGGUACCUCGGCAUUCACUGCAAGGUCGAGGACGCGCUGGACUACGACGAUCGCAUUUAUCCGCGCGCUGCGACCCGUGUCGGCCCCCGGCACCAGGCUGUCGUCUUGCCAUGGCCGGGCCGGCCGGUCGAGUAUGUGAUGCCGCCCGACAUCAAGAAGGCCACCCGCCGUGAGGCUCGGCAGAACAAGGAAGCGCUGGCCGCAUACGAACGAGAGCGCGAGAGCCGCCCGAAGUGGAUCCAGGACACACCCGCCGGCUACAUUGAGCGUGGGCAGGACUACGACGACGACGACGAGCGCAACACGGCGUACCUACUGUACAAGUCGCCCAACGCGCCGCCAUGUGUUCCCCCCGCUGAGAAGCCGGCUGCCGGCGCCGCCGACGCCGACGCAGACUCCGCCGACUCCAAGAUGGACAUUGACCCGCCUGAGACGAAGGACGCCAAGACGAAGAAGACACCCGACAUUUCCGACGAGGAAAUCGACGAGUUUAUGGACAAGGCCGUCGCAAAAGCUGCAAAGCUCGGCGUACCUCCGCGGUCGACCAACCUGCACGACGUGGCUGCGGAUCUGCUGUUUCACAACAACUUCAACACAGACAAGGCGCUAAAGGAGCUUGACCGUAAGAAGCCAGAUGAGUUUAGGGAGCCCAUCCUCAACGCCGCCGAGUACAAGCGGUUUGAGGACGCCGUUACCAAAUUCGGCUCGGAGCUCCACCUCGUUACGCGCCACGUCAAGACAGUAUUUUACGGUGACAUUGUGCGCUACUACUACGCCUGGAAGAAGAGCGAGCGUGGCAAGAUCAUCUGGGGCAACAAUGCCAGCCGCAAAGGCAAGAAGGAGGCAAAGGAGGCCAAGAAGGCCGAGACCGCCGCCGCGAAUAAGAUUCAGGACGACGUGGCCGAUGACGUUGACGACUCUGCCUUUGAUACCGACAAGGCCGACGCUCUCAAACGCCAGUUCCAGUGCAAGUUCUGUAGCACAAAGACGUCCCGGCAGUGGCGCCGCGCACCUGCUGCUGUGCCCACCGGUGUCCUCGCCGAGUCGCUCGGUGGAGGCAGUGGUCGCAGUUCCAACCGCGAGCGGAGCCAGAACCAGAACACUCAGCAGUACGUAGCAGCGCUGUGCCGUCGCUGCUCCGAGCUCUGGCGCCGGUAUGCGGUGCAAUGGGAGGAUGUGGAGGCCCUCACCGCCAAGGUCACCAACGCGGGCGGCCGUCUCGUGAAGCGCAAGCUGGACGACGAACUUAUGAAAGAAAUCGCCGCAGCUGAGGAGAUGAUCCGCCUUACCGAAGCCAACUUCAGCGCCCUCCACCAGUCCACGGAACCUCCACGCAAGCGACUCAAGGGCCAGAACGGCAGCGCUGCUGACAAGGACGCCGACUACAACGCGUCAGACUCCGCAUCGAGCUCGACAUACCCAGCAUCGUCGUCCAACAACAGACGGCGCGAUCGCGAACGGACCAACGCCGAGCGGGCGGCCGCCGAACGGGACCGGUCUGCCACCGCAGAACGUGCUUCAGGCGGCGGACGCUCCAACGGGUCGACGCCCGCUGCAGGGGGAGGACGCUCCGCAUCCAACGCUUACUCGCGUACGGUGGCCGAACUUCUUCCCGAGCCGAAGAAGCUCCCCUGUGCUGUCUGUCUCAAGACAAAUCUGGCGAAUGAGGACCAGCGCGUGGUGUGCCGCGACUGCCGCCUGACGGUGCACCGGAGCUGCUAUGGCGUUCUCGACAACCGCAACCCGCACAAGUGGCUUUGCGACAUGUGCACCAACGACCGCAACCCUCACAUGUCCAUCAACUACAACUGCGUCCUUUGCCCGGUCGAGCACAGCAAGCCUGCCGCCGGCGCACAGACGUCGUCCUCGCACAGCAAGAGAUCCGACGCACAAGGUCGCGAACGGGACCGCAUCGAUCGUGAACAGGCCAAGAAAGCCGACGAGUGCUACAGAAAGCGCCAAGAGGAGCUCAACAAGCCCGUCAACCCGCGAGAGGCGCUCAAGCGGACGGCCGACAACAACUGGAUCCACGUCACCUGCGCCGUGUGGACACCGGAGAUCAAGUUUGGCAGGGCCCGCGCUCUCGAACCGGCUGAGGGCGUUGCCUCCGUCCCGCGGGCCCGGUACGACGAGCAAUGCAAAAUCUGCAAGACCAAGUCCACUGGCGCGUGCGUGUCGUGCAACCAGUGCCGUGCGCAGUUCCAUGUGCAGUGCGCGCACCAAGCCGGCUAUAUCUUUGGCUUCGACCUCGUCCCCGUCAAGGGCUCGCGCCGCGACCAGGCCAACAUUGUCACCCUAAACGGCGUCAACGGUCUGCUGGUACCGGCGAUUUGGUGCCGCGACCACAUCCCGCUGAAGAGCUCGGCGUACCUGCCGUACGAGAAGAUUGAUGGCUCGGACAUGUCGGGUCUUCAGUUUUACGUCGAGAACUACAAGCAGGCCGACCUCGCCCUGACCGGCUGCGCUCGCAAGGCUAACCUCCUCUCGAUCGCCUCCAAGAUGUCGGGCUCGCUGGUGGCCGGUGCGAACUCGGCUGCAGGCAGAGGAUCGUCCCCCGACCAGAACACGGCGCCUCAGAGCAACGGCAGCAACAGCCGCCAGGGCUCGGUGUAUCUCAACGGCGACUUCGGCAGCAAGCUCUCGGCGGCGACGGCCGUGGGGGCCAAGAAAGCCGUCAAGGACAACAAGGUCUGCCUCACGUGCGGCAGCGACGUCAGCCCCAAGUGGCAUGCCAUCGACAAGACGCAAGAGCGUGAACUUGCCAACGGGUUCUACGGCAAAAUGGGCGAGGAGGCGCAAAAGUUUGUUGCCCAGCGCAACUACCAGUGCCACAAGUGCAAGAAGACAGGCCGCAAGCCUUCGCCCCACAGCCACGACCGCGAGAUGCACGAUCGGGCCGUGCACGGCCUCGAGCACGUCCACCGGGAACAGGAGCGCGCCCAGGAACACGAGCUUGCUCGCGGCCUGGUUACGGAGUUCACCAACCACCCUCAUGGCGGCCGGCCGAACGCCCAGGCUUCACCCCACACCCAGCACCACCACCAUCGCAGUGGCAGCAGCCAGGGCCACAUCGCGCACAGCCUGACGGGCACUCCAAGCCAAUCGCGCGAGACGGAGCACCGCUCGACUGUCGUUAAGAGAGAAGAAGAGCCGUAUUCGGACGACAUGCAACGGCUGGCGCCACGGUACCCGCCCGAGUCCGACCUAUCGCGACCGUCACCGUCGCAGUCGCAACUGCACCAGGCGCCGCCUCUGUUGCCAGCGCAUCAGCAGCCCCUCCCGCCACCUUCGCAGUCGCUGUCGCAGCCGCAGACACCGUCGCAGUUGCCUCCUCGCGCGCCGUCGUCGCACCAUCACAAUAUCCUGCAUCCUGUCGACCACGCACGCCCAGAUCCCCCACAGCGGUCGCCGUACUCGCACGCACAGCAGCUGCCGGCCUCGACGCACCCCCCGUCAAGCAGUGGCGGCCCGCCUACUGGUCUUGGCUCGUCUCGGUCACCGCCCGACAUGGCACCGCGGUACUGGUCCUCCAACAUGGGCUCGUCCGGUGCUGCUCCGCCGCCGCCCCCGCCGCUCCCACAACAGGCGCCGCCACCACUCACGUCCAUUCGGCCGGGCUCAUCACGAGGCACUCCGUCUCCCCAUGCGAUGCAUUCGGCUCCGCACAUGCAGCAGCACCACUCGCCACACUCGAUGUCUGUUCCCCCUCGGUCGUCUGUCCCACAGCAGGCCCCGCCUGCGCCUGUCCACCCGUAUUCCUCGUCGUCAUAUUCCGACUGGCGUCGUCCGCCUACAUCGUCGCAAGCGCCACCGCCUCCGCCGCCGCCGUCACGUCGUGAACCGCUGCACAGCGCAAGCACGAGCAACAGCUUCACGCACAACCACCUGCGUCCGCCGCCGCUCAGCGGCAUGCAGAACAGUGGGAGCAGUGGUGGCGGGUACAUGGGCCAGAGCGUGAUGAAUGGCCGCCCACCAUCGCCGCCCCGGCGUAGCCUAGGCGGUCCGCCACCGCCGCUGGCGCACGAGCGCAACAGCCGGGACCCGUACGGCCACAGCUACGGCGGACAUGCGCCGUACGGAACGUCACACGGGUCGUCACAUGGAACGUCGCACGGAUCGCCACACGGAUCGUCACAGCAUUCGCCGCAUAUGCAAAGCACAAGUCCGCACCAUCCAUUUGCGCAAAUGCUGCACCCGCAGCGAUCGGCUUCGUCGAAUGCGUCGUUUACGAACGCCGGACUCAACACAAACAAUGUGACGCGCGAGGACUUUACGCUUCGCGGUCCAGCGAACAAUGCCGCGCCGCCGCCGCCGCGGCCCAGUGAGCCGCGCAACGGCAGUUCGGCAAGCUCCAACCCGUCUCUGCGCAACUUGCUUUCGUAA